CCCCUCAAUAUAUAUAAAACAUGAAUCCCAUCGAAACUAAUGGAAUCAAAGCUAAAUCAUGGAAGGAAACGAAGAAGAUGUGGGAGAUCGCCGCGCCGGCCAUCGUUUGCUCGGUGGCGCAGUUCUCCAUUGGAGUAGUCACCGCUGCAUUCGCCGGACAUCUUGGAGGGCUUGAGCUCGCUGCUGUCUCCAUUGUAGCUCUCGUUCUCGAGGGCUUCGUCUUCGGCAUAACGCUCGGAAUGGGCAGCGCGCUGGAAACGCUCUGCGGGCAGGCCGUCGGCGCCGGACAGCUCGAAAUGCUCGGAAUCUACAUGCAAAGAUCAUGCAUCAUCACAAUCGCCACAUCCUUGUGCCUAACUCCUCUCUACAUUUUCACGUCUCCCAUCCUAAAACUUCUCCGGCAGAAGGCCGACGUCGCGGAGCUCGCCGGAAAAUACGCCCGAUGGGUGAUCCCUCAGCUGCCCGCCUUCGCUUUGAACUUUCCGGUGCAGAAGUUUCUCCAGGCGCAGAGCAGAAUAUGGGUUAUGACCGUGAUUUCGAUAUUUGGUUUGGGAUUUCAUGUUGUGCUGAACUGGAUUUUCGUGACGUGGCUCGAGAAAGGGCUUCUUGGCGUUGCGAUGGCCGGGAACGUGUCGUGGUCGCUGAUCAUGUUGGCUCAGGUUGUUUAUGUUGUCUCUGGUUGGUUUCCGGAAUCGUGGACCGGGUUUUCUGUGUCUGCGUUUGCAUCCCUGUUGAGUUUUGUGAAGCUGUCACUUGCAUCGGCUGUUAUGUUGUGCUUAGAAGUGUGGUAUUACACCGUUGUGAUCCUCAUGGUUGGGUGGUUGCAGAAUCCAGAAAUCGCGGUAGAUUCUACAUCUAUAUGCGUGAAUCUACAAGUUUGGAUAUUGAUGAUCUUUGUCGGUUUCAAUGCUGCAAUCAGUGUUCGUGUUAGCAAUGAAUUGGGAGCUAAUAAUCCCAAGGCUGCAAAGUUUUCCGUCAUAGUAGCUGUGAUCACAUCAACAAUGUUUGGUGUUGUAUUUUCAAUAGCAACUGUGGCGACCAAAAACAGCUUCCCCAAAGUGUUUUCUAGCAUGGAGGAAGUCAAGAAAGAGACCUCCAAAUUAGCCUAUUUCUUGGCAGCCUCCAUUCUCCUCAACAGCAUUCAAUCUAUACUAAAUGGGGUGGCGGUCGGGGCAGGGUGGCAAGUAUCCGUUGCUAUGAUAAACAUCGGUUGCUACUAUGCGGUUGGGAUUCCGAUGGGUGCAUUGCUUGGCUACAAACUUGACCUAGGCGUGAAAGGGAUUUGGCUCGGUAUGUUAGCCGGUUCCUUUAUGCAAAUCACCAUUCUCUCUGUAUAUGUGCUACGAGCUAACUGGAGAAAAGAGGCCUUGUAUGCUGAGGAGAGGGUUAGAUCACAUGGCACCUCAACCCUUCCUCAAAUUGGAUGCGUUGAAAAUGAAUUGAUCACAAACAAUCAAGACCGUUAA